AAUGUUAAUUAUCACACAACAGUUAAAAUUUUAGCCACGCAAACAAAACUAGAAUAUUACAUCUAAUGAAAUGAUCAACAAAACACUUUUGAUUGAAUUUUACGUUUCGUUCAAUGCACAUGACUGGAGCGUGUACUUUGAUGUAAUUUUAAGUGAAACGAAACUUAAUUUCGCGACGGUUUGCUUCAUUCUGCUUGGCAGUGUAACAAACGUCAGCCAUGUUGUUGUAAAUCAAAACAUUGCAGCGGCUGCGGUUGAGGCGCAGUCUUUCUUCAAAAUUCGACCUAAAUUCGUCCGUAAUGAUGUUCUCCGUCGGAAUUCGUCCAGGAAUUUCCACUUUGACCAGGCCGUAACAGACGGCAACUUCUACCAAACUUCCAAGUUUCCGAAGAAAAGUGAUCUGGCCGUAGGAACCAAAAGCUACUACGGACGUGAACCAUGGGGAUCGGAUCGAAUCAGCCGGGUGGUCACGACCUGUUAGGACGAACUCAGCCCGGUGAGGACAAUAAAUGGCAUGAGAGAACUGAGUGCGAGCGACCUUCUGAGACCCGUCAGGAAUUUGGCGACGGAACAACAUCUGACCUUCGGAGGAAUUCUAUGAUCAAACUAGAAGGAAAAACAAACUGAAGUGUUGCGACUAAACGUGAAAAAUUGUGAUGAGUGAAAUAUAAUUAUGGUGAUUUUUCAAUAAAAAAUAUCGAUGAAAUCGAGUAUAAACAUGUUUCUUUUCAUUAGUAAGAAAUAGUCGAUUCCAAUAAGAAUAUUUUCCCACAAGAAUAGCGUAAAGCGUAAUAUUACACGACCUCGGUUGGUUGUGUGGUUCGUGUAAUUUUCAAAUGAGACAUAAUUUUGCGUCUUAUUUGACGCUCCAGUUAUGUGCAUUGAAAAAACAGAAAAUUACACGA